AUGGCGAAAUCAAUGAAAAUUUAUAUGAAAUCGUCGAAAGCACUUGGCAUAGACGUGGAAGCCUUGAAACCGUAUGGAUGUGAUAUUUGCAAGAAGAGAUUUCGAGAAACAAAGCUGUUGAAAAACCAUAAAAGGACACACACGGAAGAAAAACGUUACGAAUGUGAUGUUUGCGACAAGAAGUUUGCAGGACCAGGUAGUUUUGGUAGUUUUAUGUUCCAUUUAAAACUAUAAAGUCUAUAAACCAGUGCAGUGCAUGGAUUUCUAUGACCUACAUUUCCCGCCAAAAUUCAAGUUACAAAUACAAUACCAAUUAUGCACCUAUCAAUGUUAACCCCCAGGGGGGGGGGGGGUUGGGCAUAUGUGGGGUAUUUGAUCAUCAAUUGCAUCCCCACCCUGGGGAUUUUGAUUAGCAUUUUGGCCCUGAGUUGGAGCAAUUUGAACCAAAUGACUUUUAUUAACAUAGUAUUUAUUGCAAAAUGGUGGGGCAUUUGACCAAUAUUUAUUGCCCGACAGUGGGGCAUUUGAUUGAAAAUUUGCUCAAAAAAUCAAAUGCCCCACCUAUACCCGACCCCCCCCUCUGGGGCUUAACAUUGAUAGGUGCAUUAGCCUUUCUCACAAAGUGAUCUGUCAUCUGAAAACAUUUUUUUCAAGUAUUUGACUUAAUAUAAUGAUUAUGUUGUAAUUUAUAUACAAUUCACUGCGUCUUCUCAAGAUUACUACAAUUCUCAGAUUUGGACAGGGCUGCAAAAUUACCACUGAAAAAGGAAUUAAUUCCAAUUCCAAUUACUUGCUUUAAAAUGUAAUAAAUUCCUGAUUACAAUUACUUAUUCUAAAAUGUAAUUAAGUACAAUGGAAAAAUUACUGCGGAAAAAAGGAAUUAAUUACAAAUUCCUUUACUGACAAAUUGUUACUAUAUAUAUUAUAAUAUCUAAUUAAACAACAGUUGUAAAUAAAAAUGGUAUAAACUAUGAAAUUUGCAAGAAUUUAUCAAGAUGAUAUUUCAAUAUAUUAAAACAUUUUACAUGCAAAUAGAAGCAUGUAAACUUAAAAUUUUAUUUGCCAAUAUUUGGCGCUCUGAGCCUCGGAACAAAUUGUGGUUUCCACUUUCACAAUAAAUAGUACUUCAUGUAGGUUAUCAUGUCAUGUGAUCUCGUUGAAAAUUAUUUCAUUUUUCUGAAUUUUUGUCGUAACAUAUUUUUUAUUUCUUACUUUUAACAAAAUAAGAAAAGGAAUUUUCAACUUGCUCCUUGGAAAAGGAACACGAAAUAUAAAACAACGGUAACUCCGAAAAUAAACAUUUUAAUAAUAUUCGUUGUUUUAUAUUUUAUUUAAAAUACUCAGUGGUUCCCGUAGUUAAAAGGAACACGUUCCUUACUUUUGUAAUUAAUUACGUUUUUCAUUACAUUUCUAAAAACAUAAUUAAUUACAGGUUAAAAUUACUUGAAAUGUAACGAGUACACAGUGACGUGUUACAAUUGUAACGAGUAUUUACAGCCCUGGAUUUGGAAAAGGUAAUACCCCGGCCGGCCAAAUAUGGCGAUGUGAGAAAAGCUACGACUUGCUAUUUUUUUGCAUGUUUGACCCGUGGUUUGACCAGGCCUGAUGUUUGAUGUUAGAGUACAUGGCAAAAAACGCCGAGCCCGUUGCUCAACAGGACUGAACAAUGUUUUGCUGCCCACGUUGUUCACACUUGUCAACAAUAUUGAACAUUGUUGAGCCUGAAUAGGGUAUAACAAUAUUGUUCAAUAUUGUUGACAGCUAUGAACAAUGUGGGCAGCAAAACAUAGUUCAAUCCUGUUUUCAUCAGUAUUGCAUCAACCUGAGCGUUUUUACGUGUGUAUUAGAGUUUUGGGACCAGUAUGUCGGUAAGUACUUCAUGUAAGACCCACAAAACUGUUUGAGCAAAUUAUAGGUAUGUUUGAUUAUAAAAGUUGGUCAUAACCCUUAUCUAACACUCUCAUCGUACUAUUUUCUCGUAUUUUUAUUGCUUGAAAGCCUACAGAUAAUUUUUUGUUUCUCAGUGCAGACAUGAACAUGACUAUACAUAUGGUUUCCGUGUUUGGAUGGCCUGAUCCAAACACGUGUGCUUUUCUUAAGGUGGCUCCCUACAGUUUUAGGUCUGUUUCGCGGAAAUUUUGUCCACGCGCGAGAUUAGUAGUGCUACACGUAACAUACGUGGUAUAUCUUUACUCUAUGACGUGGUCGACGUUGCACACUUGCACGCGUGGCGGUUUUUUUAAAGUUGCGUCGUGAUAUACACGCGCGGGCCUUCGUGGGAUUGUCGGCUGGUCGCGCGAGGAAAUUGAAAUCCUGAUUUUUGUGACGUCACAUAGAUAAAAAUAAAUGUAUUUUUCUCGUGUUUCCUUCGGUAAAAUUUUUUAAAACUUCACACACUUUCCUGUAAUCUUGAAGUGCGUAAAAUUUGCAAGUUCUAAGAAAAUCGUAUUUAUAUUAUUUUAUUCCAAAAACAGGGCUUUUUGAGGAUUAAAAAAAUAAUUCUCGUCCGAUUUUUUUUAAAUGCUAUCAUUUGAAGGAAUUAUAGAUAAAAUUACUGUGUGCAAAAAAUUAAAAAGUUUUACCGAAGAAAUUUUCAAAAAAUUAUCAAAGAAUCUGCAAAUUGGCUCUUUUUAAAAUCGCUUUGUUACCAUGGCAACGGGGAUUUUUAACGACAUUUUUUAUUUUUCGUAAUCCGCGAUAUUGUAGCAGUUAUUUGGCCGAGUUUCGUGAUUAUACUUUGCAAGAUGAGAAAAUAAUGGUUUUUUGAAACAAUUGAGUGUGCUUUACAAUCAAAACUGUAGGGAGCCACCUUAACUCUUGCAACAUUCCCAAGUGUUUGGAUCAGGCCAUCCAAACACGGAAAUCAUAAAGUAAUUGUAUAUUAUAAAAUGACAUCAAAGUUUAAAAUUCCCACAAAGGCACUUUAAAUUUCCAUGUUUGGAUGACCUGAUUUCGACCAAUCAGAGCAUGUGUUAUAUACAUGUUAUUUUAUAAAAGUAAAUCUCGUAUCUGCAUGUGAACAUGACAAAUAAAUACUGUAUCUGUAGGUGCCCGCAUAUUUUUGCAGUGGUAUUUUGCAUGAAUUGGAAAAGAGUGGGAAAUUUUGUAAAAUUAUUUUGUUUUGACAAUUGCUUGUGCUCGUUUUGCUUUAGUUUCGACUGAGCAAAUUGAAAAAAUAUUUCAAGACAAAGAUUCUGAAAAUUUUAAGAUUCUGAAUAAUAAAAGAAUUAUUGAAUUCGGCUUACGCAGGAUAUCAGAAGUCUUCAGACCUCUGUCAUUGUUAUCUGCCUCAGUUCAAUAAUUCUGAUAUCCUGCUCAGCCUCAUCCAAUAAUUCUUAAUUAUGUUGCUGUCCAGCCUGCAAAUACAGCAGGCUUGUAAAGUACCGUUUUGGUGAGAAAUAACCCCAACCAUAGGUGUACAUACAAGCCGAACGAUAAAUAUAUACUUCCAUGUUUCGUGUGAUGUAUUCCCCUUAGUCUUGUGUUAGUUGGCAAAUUGGUGUAUCCCAGUGGGCACAUUGUUUUUGUAGUCAGCAAAAUAUGAAUUUGACGGCACAUUACCAUUUACCCUCAAAUAAUAUCAGAAAGCUAAUGUGCGGAAAAAAAACAAUGUGAUGCUCCCCCCUACUCGCCAACAAUUUUCAGAAGAGAAAUAUUAAUUAGUGAAUCACUCAUUUUUAAGAUAUGGAUAAUGCAGAAAAUGUUUGGGCAACAGACCUCGGCCCCCCUUCCACUCUCCCUCAGCAAUGUGACCAGCUUUUUAAAGGGAUUAUUACUAAACUUUGUGUUCAAAAUUACUAAAUUGAGGAAACAUUUUACCAAAAUAAUUUCACCCCUGCCUCGGUUUGAUAAAAAUCAGUUGCAAUAAUAUUGGGGACAAUGUUGAUUAAUAUAUUAGAAAUUUGAGUAAGUAUUAGCUUAAUGCAGAUAAAUGUUUUCAGCAAACACAAUAGCGUUGUCUGAUGGCUUUGACAAAGCAACUAGGUUGAGUAGAUUAGUGUGAAAACCAACUAAUUUCCUGUUCCAUGUUUGAAGCAUUUCUAUUACACAAGAUGCCAUUUGAACAUGAAUUUUGGAAAAAAAUUACUGAAUCGUUAAUUUUUUUAUGAAAUUUUUUUCUAAAAGUGGCGGUGUGGGCAGAUUAAAUCACAAUCAAAUACCUUGCCAUAGUGGUAGUUAGUUAGAUUUUUUUGGGGGUGUGCACCCCAAAAAUAUAUGGCACACCCCCCCCCCAGAAAGUUUUUCCACCACACCCUAUGCCCCCCCCCCAGAACGUUAAGUGCUCGUUGGAUUAAAUGACAGUAGUGUAAUUGAAAGACGGAUUUGAACUAAGUACGAUUUUGAAAUAAAUAAGACCAAAAUCUGAAAAUCCAUCUAUGAGUCAUGGUUCUUGAAAUUUAUUCAAUUAAUAGGAAAACGUCAAAUCCCUUACAGUAAGUUUAGGGUCAGCAAUCGAUCUUUGUAUGCGAUGUUCUCUGUGUAAUGCCAGACCACUGUACCAGACACUUCAAUCUGGACAAACCAGAUUGCCAAAACUGAUCAGCCUGGUUUAACCUUAGCACAGCAACAGCAUGGGGGAGGGAGGGUAGACACAAUUAAAAAUAAAACACAGGCAAACCUGAUGUAAACCUAAAUUUUCUUCAGGACGACUGGCGGCUCAUAAACGAACACAUACUGGAGAAAAACUACAUGGCUCCAAUGUGUUGCAGGAUAAAGCAAGUCAUACUGGCGACAAACGUUUUGAAUGUGAUGUUUGUAAGAAGCGAUUUACGCGUUCCCACAUCUUACUGCUACAUAAAAGAAGCCAUACUGGUGAAAAACCUCUUCAAUGUGAUAUUUGCAAUAUGAAAUUUGGCGUUCCAGGUCAGCUAGCAAGACACAAAAUAACACAUCUUGAAGAAAAACCUCACAGGUGUCUCGUUUGUAAAAAGAGUUUUUGCGUAGCAAGCGAGUUAAAAAGACACGAAAGAACACAUACCGGCGAAAAACCUUAUGAAUGUGAUAUUUGUAACAAGAGAUUUACAGCAGCUUUGGGUUUAGCACAACACAAAAGAGCGCACAAUGGAGAAACGCGUUAUCAGUGUGAUGUUUGUAUGAAAAAAUUUAACUAUUCUGGUGAUUUGUCAAGGCAUAGAAGAACACAUACUGGCGAAAAAACUCAUGAAUGCGAUGUUUGCAAAAUCAAAUUUGCAUCAUCAGGCAAUUUAUCUAAACAUAAAAAACGACAAUGUGGACUUAAACCCCAUCAAUGCGAUGUUUGCGAGAAAAGGUUUUUGAAUGAAGUUACCUUAAGAAGACAUAAAAAGAGACAUAAUGAGGGAAAUCAACCCUAUGAGUGCGAAGUUUGUGAAGCGAAAUUUGCUAACGAGGGAAAUCUAAGUCAGCACAUAAUGAGACACCAAGACGAUGAUCCAAUUUUGUGUAGGGCCUGUGGCAAAAAAAUCUGUAAAGCACAAGACGUGAAAAAGUUAAAGGCAGUCCCACAUGCAGCAAAGGAUCAUGGUGCUCGCGCAUCAUAUAAAUGUGAUAUGUGCCAAGAGAUCGAGUCCGCUGAACCAUCCGAUAUUGGAUUUAUCUGUUCUUUUUGUGGCCUUGGAUUUGGAGUUCUGAGUAAACUUCAAGAUCACAUGGUUAUACACGAAGUGGUAACUGAUUAA